AUGUGGACUCGAGUCCGAACUUUGCUGUCGUCAUCCAUCUUGACAACGGCAGCGGGAGCGCGGCUCCACGUGGGCCAGCGCGCCUCCCUCACCAAAGUCUUCUCGGCGCGCCACGUGGAGCUGUUCGCCGAGCUGACGGGCGACACCAACCCGCUCCACCUGGACGCCGCCUACGCCGCCUCCACCGCCUUCGAGGCGCCCGUGGUCCACGGCGUCCUCGUCAACGGGCUGAUCUCGGCCGUGCUGGGCGCCGAGAUGCCGGGCCCCGGCUCCGUCUUGCUGUACCAGGAGAUCCGCUUCCCGGCGCCGCUCUUCGUCGGCGAGGAAGUGCUGGCCGAAGCCGAAGUGCGCAAGAUCAAGAUGUCGUUCGCCUUCAUCGGCGUGACGUGCUCGGUCAAGGACAAGGUGGUGAUGGAGGGGGAAGUGAUGGUGAUGAUUCCCGAGGAGCAGCAAGGGAAGUGAGACUUUUUAGGCCAUCAUAAAAAUGAGGACGACUUUUUUUUUUUUUUUUUUUUUUGUGAUUAUUGAUGGUGUACAUCCAUCACAGUUGGCCUGUUCUGUUGUCGUUUUAUGUUGCCCACUUAAAUAAAUAAAAGUUUCUCAUUCAUGUUUCUUGCUAAAUCGAGUUUGUUCGUUUCAUCUUGGCCAAAAAUAUCUUGGAACUGUAAUUGCAAUGUUUCGUUCUCCACCGAAUUGAACGAUAGUUGCAUACUCAAUGAGGGCCGUUGUGACUGUGAAAACUAUAUUGAGUCUUUAUCUAUCAUAGAAAGUUGUAUACUUACAGUAUAUGAUUGCCGCAAUUUUCCAUGACUUCUGAUUUCAAAUUUCAAGUGCAAUGCAAGGGCGGUUGUGUAAAAGUAAUAAAGAAAAAUGACAUUUGUAAUACAGAGGGUGAAUCCUUACAUGGGGUAACCCAAAAAAAAAAAUUGGGGAAAUGUUCAACUCUCACCUCCAAUCGUGUUAGGUUAUCACUAAAAAAUGUGCUGUGCAAAAUUGGGAAUUGCUCCUGCAAUACAGAGGUUGCUCCAGGGCUUUGAAAUUGAAAUAUUUCCAGAAUGGCUCAUUUUGACAGAAAUUAUAACACAUUACAAGCACAAACACACAACAAAAUAAAAUGUCAAAUGUUUAAUACUGUAACAAAGGCACUGUGAUAGUGUGGUCAACAGUAUAUUACAUCAUAGUAAAGUCAUGCUUGUAUGACCGAAUGUAUAGUUUUUGUUGAUCAGUACUACUGUACAAAUAUGCUACAACAUUAAAAGAAAAACAAGAAACUUGUUUUUAUUUAUUCCACAUAUUGGUGAGGUGAGAGCAUGAACUUUUAAAAGUAAAAAAUAAAUAAAUGAGGACCACCUUCGAGUGUACAUGAAACUUGACAUUUUGUUUUGGAACAAUCGCACGCAAUACAAUUUUAUUCAUACAAUUUGAGUGUGUGUUCUGUGUGACCUGCUCUCAAUUUGCUUGUUUAAUAGUUCCUCAAAAAAAGAACAAAAUAUUUUACAUUUUUCCUGCGCAUCUUAUUCAUAUAUAUAUAUAUAUAUAUAUAUAUAUAUAUAUUAUGUUAGCCUGUAAGUGUUGAAGAUUGUGUACUGUGCCUGUCCAAUGUAAAAAAUAGCAAAAAUGUAAGGUUUUUUUUUUUUUUUUUUUUUUUUUUUUGGGUCUGGGAAAAACAGCAAAAAAAUGUUUUGAAUUAUUGUCAUCAUGUGGGUUUACCAAGGCAAAUACAUAUAAUUUCUCGGUAACAAACCCCCGACCCCCACAUACUUUUAUCAUUUAUUAAUCUCUCACAUUGUUGUGAAUUUUACAUAUUUUACUAUGAACCAAAUUUAUGUAACGACUUUCAUGUUAUAUAUUUUAUUAUUUAUAAUCAUUCUAUAUAUUGUCACCAGCAAAUUGAAAAUAUGUAACACAUUUUGGGAGCUUUGAGAUAAUUUUAUUUAUAGAUAAAACAGCACUAUAUUUUUUGGGGGGGAUACAAAAAAGAUCCACCCAUACGAGUUCUUUAAAAGUAGCAUGUAUCAAUUGUACAAAUGAAUA